UUUCAAACUACUAAAACUCUAGAGGCCUAUUCUAGUGAAAGAGCUCAACUAAUCAUAAGAGUCACGACUCUUCAUAGCCUUGCCCUGACUGCUAAAGAUCUGAUUCGAAAUCCAAAGUCAAAUCGUGGUCAAGAAUGGAAUAAUCCAGCCAAAGAAAGAAAGACUCUAACGAAUGAACAAAGCCAAGAAACAAGAAGAAAAGACUAA